CUCUACCCCAACUCUAAACCGUAACCACGCCCAACAUCCGAGACGCUUCCCCCCUCUCACAACAAUGAUUCGAACCUCCGUUAUCAAGGCUGCUCGCCAGCCCGUAAACUUCACUUCCCGAGCGACGUUCACCACUACUACCCGCGUCAUGGCUGCAGGCGAUACUGGUGCUCCUCCCAAGACCGGCGGCGUCGGAGACGCGUUCCAGAGGCGCGAAAGGGCCAACGAGGAAUACGCUAUCCGCCAGCGCGAGAAGGAGAAGCUCCAAGAGAUGAAGAAGAAGAUCGCAGAGCAGCAGGCUCACCUGCAGCAACUCUCCGACCACAUUGACGAGAUAACGAGGGAUCAGGGUGGUGAGAAGAACUGAGGUCUCACUCAAUACGUCUGGACCCAUAUAGAAGAACCCAAUCAAGUCAUUGUCCACGAAGAGAACAGGCUACUGUAACACAAGGGGGAAGGAAGGAUCGGACGCCGAAACCAGCCCGAACUGUUCUGAUCACAUGAGUUUUCUCCAUGGGAAUGCGGCUGCGACAAUUGCGUAUUGCCGCAACUAGCGAAGUAAUGUACAGUAGAUAUGAUCAUCAAGGGCACCUCGAGUGCAGCCCAUUCCUCUCAAUGGACAGACAGUGUUUCACUUUGACAAA